GUGUGAUUCAAUAGGAAAUAAAACGUGUGAUUACUUUUCCUAUAAAGAGAAACUAAAUUUCCCUCCCUUUUGUAACGAGUAUUUCAACUUUUAAAGGACGGUUAAUUUGACACGGUGUUGCGCUACGUAAACACACGGAUGCCAGGCUACGGAGCGUGCACGUCACUGUGAUACUCGCACAGGUGUAAUGUGCUCAAACAGGGGAGGUCGCAUUCCACUCGGGCACGCGGAAGCGCCUCGAGGUGUUCUGCGCUGUUUGAUGAAACGCAGCCUUCAACCUCUGAAGCUCAACGACCUAAAUGUGGGGUUUCCUUGUGUUCCGGAGCCCAAACACCGACGGUUUGGAAAUGUUUGGGAUUUUUUGUGAAAUUGUGAAAACAUGAGCGCGCCUUCCAGAGAUGUGGACGGUGAUAAUCUUUCUGAACCUCGGAGCUGUGCACUGUACAGUCUCCUCCUCACUCCCAAGCCCGAUCAAUGUGACCUUCUCUUCACUCAACCUGUGGAAUAAGUUGCAAUGGUUCCCGGGAAGGGACACUCCGGAGGACGCAAACUUUAAAGUGCAGUAUGCCAUCUACGGGGACAACAUUAAGACCCCCGAAGGCAGAAAGGUGAACUGGAGGCCGGUGCCCCGCUGCACGGGGACAGCGCGCAACUGGUGUGACCUGACCAAUGAGACUUGGGAUCUGGAGCACGAAUACUUUGCCAGGGUUCGUGCUGUGAGCCGGGGACAAUUCUCCUCCUCGUGGACCAGGACGAAGAUGAGAUUCCACCCGAAGGCGGACACUAGUUUUGGCCCUCCGCUGGUGUCUGUGGAAAUAAGCGACAGCAACGCCGUCGUCAUCACCCUGAAGGGGCCGACGAGGCAUCAGCCCCACAACCACACCCCGGCGGUUUCCAUGGCGACGCUGUACCCCCAGAUGAUUUACAUGCUCUCCGUCAAAAACACCCGCCGCGGCACCACGCUCCACGUCCCCAUGAACUCCGAUUCGUACAAAUACCAACUGAUGGAGUACGACACGGAGUACUGCUUCUCCGCCACGACGAAAUUCCUGUCCAUGCCCGCCCGAUGCCUGUCCUCGGCCCCGCACUGCGUCACCACGCCUCAAGACCCUGUGAUUGGCCAGCUGCUGAGCGCGGUUGUGGGUAUUGUGGUUCCGUCCGUGUGCAUGUGUAUGGUGGGGGUGGUUGGCUACCUUCUCCACAACUACCUGACUGGGAAAGGACAGAAGAGCCCGCCUAUACUGAACCAGCCGCCUUUUCAUCGGCCCGUCCUGCCGUGUCCCAAACCCAUGGACAUCGACAUCAUCAAAGACAUAAGACCGGAAAGCGACAAACCCGACGCCGAAUCCUCCGGGUGCCCGCCGUACGCCCCGCGUCGCCCGCCGGGAUACGCCGCCCAGGGGUGGGAAACGCCGCAGCCCUCGGCCGAUUGGUCGGGCGACUACGGGUGCGUCGUCGCGCGGCCGGAGGCGUCACCGGCGCAGGCUCGGGCGCCGCUGCCCUCCGUCCCGGGUGGGGAGACGCCACAAAGCGGCCUCUACCGGGUUCGUAGGAAUCCGCCCUCCAACGAGGGGGCGGAUGGAAGCGGGAGAGCGAGAACCGGCGGGGAGACAGGCGGAGGUGCGCGGGAGGGAGGUGAAGACGAGGAGGUGCCCCUUCUUUCCACUUCCUCCGCCUCCGACCGGUCUGAGCUCUUAUCGGAUGACUACGGUGUUGUGAGAACGGCUUCGGAAAAUUAUGAUGAGGAGGAGGAGGAGGAGGAGGAGGAGUGCAAAGGUAUUUGCAUCGAUUGGAAUCCAGAGACCGGGAAGCUGGUGCUGCCGCAGAUGGAUGGGUUGAUGCAGGAGGAGGAGGAGGAGGAGGAGGAGGAGGAGGUUGGGUUGAGGUUUGAAAAUGUGUACGUAAGACAAGGGUCAGAUGAAAAGGCGGAGGCACAGAGAGAGAUGGAGGGAGGGGGCGGGACAGAAUGGGAGGUGGAGGACUUUUCAAAAAGAUGGAAUUUGGCGGUGUUGUAG